UACACACUCACGCGCGGCCGACCUCGAUCUUUUAUGUCGAAGAAGAGGCUUCUGCUGCGAUAGCUCGCUUCUGAGGAGUGAAUCGACAACCGCAGGUCCCUCGUCUCCUUUAUUUCCUUACGCGCUCCCGCGCACUAGGACUUGGCCGGUUUAUAACGCGCGCGCUGUCUCCUCGCAUUGCGCCCACACGAGCUCGCGGCGGACAAAAACUGGCUGCACUUCCGUCACGGGGAACUUGUGUCGCUUUGCUGGUCGGAUCUCCGUCUCUGCCAUUAUCGCUUUCUCUCUCACCCCCUCCUCUCUCUCUCUCUCUCUCUCUCUCUCUGUCUCUGUCUUCCCAGUCAUCUUUGCCGCCUCCUCGCUUUAGACUCUGGCUUCCAGUCCCGCGUUCACACACAGCCUAAGUGUCAAACCGCCGAUAUCACCGAGCCGAUUUCAACCCACCGAUAUUAGCAACACGCCGAUUCCAGCCAUCCUCGAAGCAGCAAGAAGAUCAGCCCUGGAUUCUCUACUUUUACUCAAUGGACAGAGUCCUCUCAACGGCCAGCCCCGAUACCAACACGCCGUGAGCAGUCCGUACUCCCUGGCCGGUGUUCCCCCUGCAGUGUGGAGGGGGAUGGAGCGCGGAGGAGGAGAGAGCCCAUGUUUGCGCGAGAGCCCAGAACGCCGAACUGCUUCCAGCCCAGAUCUGACUGGCCCCCCUCCAGGCAAGAUAAGCCGUCUGGAGCUGAAUGGCAGCCCUACGGGACCACGCAUCCGCCACAACGGAGCUCCACAGAAAGCUCUAGGAGGUCUAAUGAUUCCCGUCUUCUGCGUGGUAGAGCAGGUAGAUGGAGGGAUGGUGGUGGAGGGGGAGGGCAGAGAGGAGCAUGCAGAGUUUGUACUAGUCAGGAAGGACAUUCUCUUCACUCAGCUGGUGGAGACGGCGCUACUUGCACUCGGCUACUCCCACAGCUCAGCAGCCCAGGCCCAGGGCAUCAUUAAGGUGGGUCGUUGGAACCCGUUGCCUAUCCACUGCCUGACGGACGCUCCCGAAGCCACAGUGGCUGACAUGCUGCUGGACGUUUACCACAUGGUCACACUCCGCAUCCAGCUGCAGAGCUUUGCCAAACUGGAAGACCUGCCAUCAGAGCAGUGGAAUCAUGCAACAGUGCGCAACGCACUUAAAGAGCUGCUGAAAGAGAUGAACCAGAGCACACUGGCUAAGGAAUGCCCACUUUCCCAGAGUAUGAUUUCCUCCAUCGUGAACAGUUCCUACUAUGCUAAUGUCUCCACUGCUAAGUGUCAAGAGUUUGGUCGCUGGUAUAAGAAGUAUAAGAAGAUUAAAGGUGAUUACUUUGAAAAGAUGUGGCCAGUACGAGAGAAUUCUGAAAUUAAAGUGGAGAGGGACACCAUAGUAGACUUCUGUGUUCUGGGACAACGUCCUCCCCCUCACCUGGCUGGCCUUGCUCAAUUAGGACCUUUAGGCAGUGGUGGGUCUCUUGUGAAAAGCUCUGGAGAAGCUCAGAACCCUCAGUCUCAGACCCCAUCGCAAGGACAGCCACAGCCACCCUCCUCUCACAGUGGCCAGCUCCAUCACAGUCCCCCACUACGGACCCAGGUAGCCCCUUCCACAGCCCUGCAGCCGCUUCUGGGACCAAGAGCCCUCCUUUCUCCUCAACUCAGUCCACAGCUAGUGCAGCAACAAAUAGCUAUGGCUCACCUCAUCAACCAGCAGCUGGCUGUCAGUCGGCUUUUAGCCCACCAGCACCCACAGGCCCUCAACCAACAGUUCCUUAACCAUCCACCUAUCCCAAGACCCAGCAAGUCUGGAGGACCUGGAGAGCCAGGGUCCAAUCCUUCUGCAGCUGAGGUCUCAGCAGACAUCUACCAACAGGUCCGUGAUGAGCUCAAGAGAGCCAGUGUCUCACAAGCUGUGUUUGCCAGGGUGGCAUUCAACCGAACACAGAAAGUUUGGGAGCGCAGCAUGGAUGAACAGUUAACCCCUGAUGCCUGGGCAUCUAUUUGGAAGAAUAAAAACAAAAUUACCAACUCGUCGAAGCCCUCUGGUCCGAAUCCUGACCUCCCCCUGAAACUGGAGCCACUGGUCAACAUCACCUCGUCCAUUUAUGAUGAGAUCCAGCAGGAGAUGAAGCGAGCCAAGGUGUCUCAGGCUCUGUUUGCCAAGGUGGCAGCCAACAAGAGCCAAGGUUGGCUAUGUGAGUUGCUCCGUUGGAAGGAGAGUCCAAGCCCAGAGAACCGCACGCUGUGGGAGAACCUGUGUACAAUCCGCCGUUUCCUUACCCUCCCCCAGGCAGAUCGAGACCUGGUAUACGAGGAGGAGUCCCGCCACCACCAUAGCGAACGUCUGCACACUGUCCUCCAUCUGCCCUCUGACCCUCAGAUUCUCCACAGGCAGCCUGUGCCACCAUUAAAAGACCACUCACCCAUGCGUGAGGACUCACUCCCCAACUCUGGAAUAGAGGAAAACCCUCAGGCUGUUGUUGGUAGUGGCAACACUGGAGGAAGUAGUAGUGUUGCCAAAAAACCCCGUUCCCGCACCAAGAUCUCACUGGAAGCCCUGGGCAUCCUGCAAAGUUUCAUCCAGGAUGUGGGCCUCUACCCUGACCAGGAAGCCAUUCACACCCUCUCAGCCCAGCUGGACCUGCCCAAGCACACCAUCGUCAAGUUCUUCCAGAACCAGCGUUACCAUGUGAAGCACCAUGGCCGACUGAAGGAGCUGGGGGCUGAGGGCAGUGGAGUUGAUGUCUCUGAGUAUCGAGAUGAGGAGCUACUCUCGGGCUCAGAGGAUGCCGAAUCCAGUGAGGACGGCCAUGAGGAAAUCUACAGUGGACAAGAAGGUGCCUCAGCAGGAGUAGCCACCUCUUCUUCAACACCUUCAUCCACCUCAGGCCAAGAAGAGAGCAAGGACAAGGCUUCAUCCCUAGGGUCAGUCCGGCCCAGCUCCCUGCCUUCCUCCAGUUCAUCUCCAAGCCCACGAGACCAGGCCGAGUAUCAGAGAUAAAGCAUUGUGACCUGGGGAAAAGAAGGCACUUUGGGAAGAGGAUAGAGGAAGGCGGAACAAGUGGAACAGUAAAGGCAGACUAAAAGAAUCCAGCACAGGGUCAAAUAAACUUUUAAUAAAAAAGGACAAAAAUACAUUUGAAUAUUGAUUAUAAAAUUCUAAAUGUGUUACAACAAAAAUAGCUAAGAUAAGGGAUUAAUAGUUUUAGCAACAGAUUAAUUGGCCUCAGAUAAUGUAAGUUCUGGCAAGACGAUGAAGGAAAAUUUAGGUUGGAGACCCCAAGUCUUUGCUUAUUUGUUAAAAUAGUACCAGAUAUCAAAUGACACUGAAAUUGCAUUUCUUAUCCUAAAAUGUUAAGUAGUUACUUUUACUCAUGGUUUCAUGCCUGCAAGUCAUAGCAGGUAAACACUAAACCUGUGAUUUUUUUUUUUUCUUUCCCAAGUACCUAACACACAAUUAAAGAACUUUUUUUAAUUCCUAAUUUACAAUCCAAGGGAUCAUUAGAAACAGUCAUCCCACUCUUCCCACCUCGAAAGCAUUCCGAGUAAUGACAGUGAUUGAGCUUUAGAUAAGUUUUAGAUGAGCCAUGGACAUCUACAGGAACCCGCACAUCUUUACUUCUGUCUGCUCAAGGAGCCUGGUGGGUGUCUGCGGCGUCUCUCUUCCUCCCAUCUGUGAUGGGGAAUUCUUUAUGUCUCUAAGAGGUGGCUGUGUUUGGCCAUUUAAGUGGUUGAAUAGAUGGGUGGGUGGGUUAGAGGUAGUGAUGAGGGCCGGGGUGUAUACAUCAGCCUUCCUCACUGAUUCCACUGUAAAUACAUGUGGUCUACUGAAAUGUCCAGAGUUAGCUUUGCCUCCGCUUUGAAGUUAGAGCCAUGUCUCCCACAAACAACCACAUCAUUCCAUAUAGUCCAAUGUGGUGGGACAAACCACCAGCCUGGUACCCAUGCACCCAUGCAUGGACUUCCCUCAACACCUCUCUCAGUCCAAAUUUAGUGAAUGGUUGUUUCAUAAAAACACAUGUACAUGAGACAUCUUGUCACUAUGUCUCUUCGUACUCUCUUUGCACUUAAAAUGGCUAGUAAGCAUCAAGGAAAAACAACACGUAGGCAUCCAUUGACUGCUAAAGACAAUUUAAUGAAAGAUAAGAGUGCAGUCUGACUGCCUUGUCCUGCUUUCGGCUAGGUUGAGGAGAGUAAAGUAUGUGUCCAGCAACAGUCAACAAUCGGUUAUUUUACGUGUGUGACUAGACUCCUUCCUCUCACCCUUUCUGUCCUGUGACUCUUCCUCUUACUGGAAAACACAGUGUACCAAUUUUAAACCACAUACCCCCACACUCCACAUUUCUAUUUAUUGCAAUCUAUAUCCACAUUUAUUAUUGUUGUUGAUGUUAUUAUUAUUGUUGUUGUUAUGGUUGUUCUUUAUGUCAUUGCUGUUGUUUUUGUUUAUUUUUUUUUUUCAUGAUCUAAUAUCAGCUUUUGGCUCAAAGCUGUUGUUUUGUUAAUGAAAGACUUUAUAAAAAAAAGGGGAACACUGCCAAAACAGUGAGAAUUAGAAGCAGUUACUGAAGAAAUUGUGUGAACCCUGUGAUAUUGUGUACUACCAUUUCAAUCUACACUUCAUACUUUUCCCAAAGAAAGCAUCAGUAGGCGAGUUGAAACCCAAAAAUAAGACAAAGCAUAAGAAAAUAUACUUUUUUUUAAAAAAAGAAAAGACAUAUUGACAAUCCAUUUAUUGAGCCAUUUAAAACUAUGUAUCCUGAAUUAAAACAUGUUCAUUCACAUCUCGGGAAAUAGAUGUGUGUACAAAAGCAACGUGGCUCCUUUGUGGCAAAGCCUCUGUGGACACUAUGGCAAAACUUGGAUCCAGGGUCCUGAUUUGCUUUUGAGAAUCAGCUGCUACCUGCUCAUUUCUGGAAAACAGAAUAAUCGUCAUUGUUCACCUUACACUGACCUUUAAACUGUUUUUGUUCAUGAGGUAAUGUUUAUGUAGAUGUUGAAUCUAUGACAAAUGACAGCAUUUUCUUUAUAUGUGUAUGAUGUGCAAAUCCUAACAAAUGUCUCCACUGCAAAACAUUUACUCACAUUAACAUACAGUUUUUUAACUGAUCAUCAAAAUUGAAAAACUGUUAAAUAAUAAUAAUAAUAAUAAUAAUAAUAAUAAUUGAAAACAAACAUUAAAAAAAAACACUAUAUCUUUUUACUUGAUUGCUGAAAGCAUUGAUGUUCAUUGCUUUCUAGAAAUCUUCUCUAGUUUCCCGAAUACAAAACCUCUACAUCUUUAAGCUGGUUAUGCAGUAUGACAAUGUCUGGCUUCUGUUUUGAGGAACUAUUCAAUUAGAUGUCUAACAGGGCUGAGGAUGUCUAACAAGACAUGCAGGAGUUUUUAUAAUUCACAUGGAAGUAUUGUGACAGACUGAGCAUCUAUGCCAUACCACAGGGAGCCUCCUGCAUUUCACACAGAGCAAACUGUGACAUAAAGAGGAUACAGUGUAAAGCUGUGGUUCCUAACCUUCGUCCUGGAGGACCCUCUUUUCUGCACAUUUUUUUAAGUUUUCCUUGCUCUAUCAAACCCACUGCAAUUCCGAAAAAUCUUAUUAUUAACUCACGUGUGUUGGGAGCGGAGAAAAUACUAAAGUGUCUAUGGCAUGGGGUUCUCCAGGACCAGGGUUGAGAGCCACUGGUGUAAAGUGUGGUGUUUUAAACCACUGCUGUCCAUUUUUGUUGAAAUCACAGUGUGUAUCUCCUAGUCAGUGAUAUUUAACCACUAACCAACACACUUUAAUUAAAGUGGGGCAUUUAUAGCUUUCCCUGCCUGUCUUUUUUGACUGUUUAGGCUUGGUUUGCCACCUCUGUGAUACUGGUAAAACUGUGUAAAAGAUUUCAGCGCCAAUUAUUUAACCUUCUUUCAGAGCAGGGAUGGUUUUACCGAUUCUGGUUUAAAUUCAUCUCAUCACACCCAAAUGAAAUUUAAAAUCACAGCCAGUAAAAUCCAAAAUUUUAAUGUAUAUUCAUUUGCUGCUGGUGGAUAAACAGCUUAGAUUGUUUUCUCAAGCAAUAACACUGUCGAAAAGAUGUUUUUUUUUUCUCCCAGCUUGCAUAUCCCUUAAUGUGCAAAACAUAUCCUGGCAAUAUGUAUCAGUGAUUUUUCAUAUUGUAUUAGAUUUGUAAUGAAAAUGCCUAUAUAUUUGCAAAGUUUAGAAUUUCUAAAAGUUGCUUGUUUUGUGACAUCCUGAGGUAUGUGAAAUUUUACAACAGACCUGGAAUGGCAAGACUUAUUUUAAAUCUAUUCCUUAAAAAUGUCAGAUAUUUGCAGGCUCUGAUAAGGGUGUCUAAUAACAGAGUACUGAUUGUCAGGUGGAUGUAAACCUUAAUUAAACCUGUCAAUCAGCUCUAGCUGUAGGAGGCCAAAGCCCACCCCUACCAUUAUUAUCCCUCACCCUCUCGUGGCCCCGCCCCCUGCAGCGCCCAGUGAAGUCUGAAACAAGCAGCUUUGAUGAGUCCGUCUCUGCUCUGCUCCUAAAUUAUCCACAGCCCUGGUGAGACAAGUGUGCGCAUUCUAGACUGGUGUUUAACCUGCUGCAGAGGUGGCCUCCCACUCACUCAGCUCCUUCAUCACCUCCUCCUCCUCCCUGUCCUAUACAGAGUUUGUGCUAAGUGAGAAAACAAAGACGAUUUGCAGAGUCCCUGAUGAGCGAUAGGUCAGGGUCACUCACCAAUUAUCUGUCUCUUCUGUGACAGGAGUCUCGUCUUUGCCUUUUCAAUUUUUAGCACUUUGUCUCAUUUUCUCCUCCACCAGGCAAGAGACAAUCGCUCUCACUCACGCUGUGCUGUCGAGGUUAAUUGGAAGUGAUCAUGUCCCCUUGUGGGGAAACAAGUGGUUCCUGGAGAGCACAAAACCUUUCACCAUAGGUGUUUUUUAAAAAAUAAUUUUAAAUAAUAGAUUUAAUCAGAAUAAGACGGAAAAAGAAAAAAAAGACGGAAAUCAGUUAUAAAAAAUUAAUUCAGGAGUAAGAAGAGAGAUCACAGUUUCUGAUAUGAUUAUCAGCCACAGACACACAUGU